UGUUGAUUCAAGUUGUGUCAGAAGUGAUAAAAUAACAUGAAAUGUGUGGUCGCUGAUGUUAUUUAUAUCGUAUGAUCACCUAAUCUGAUCUAACACUUUAGGUAGAAAAGGAUGUCUCUCAAACAAGUCAUAAAGUCAAAGUUUCGUUCAGAGAAACCUGACGUUGAAAAGGAACCAGACACUCCUCCGGGAGCUUCGGGAGGAUUUCCGUAUCGAAAUUUUCAUGAGGAUGAGAUGUGUUUGUUACAUGAAGAAGUUCUUAGUCAAGAAGAGAUGGAAAUCAGCCAAGACUCCAGUCUUCUCACAGACCAUCUUCGGUCAGCUUAUGAGACACAACUCAACCAGUUGCAUGAACAGCUUCUAGCUGUUAUUUUGGAAAAUCAGCAGCUAUCAAAUGAACUAAAGCAGCUUCGAGAACAAAAACCCCCAGAUAUAGCAAAGGAAUUGGAAAAAGAAAGAGAAAAGAAUCGAUUGUUGAGUGAAAGACUACACGAAAAGGACACAAAAGAUAGAGAGAUUGCUGGAAGCAGAUCUCCAAGGCUGAGACGUUUAGUCAGGAGAGAGAAGCACGAUCGAAACAGGACGGUAGAAGUUGAAGAAAUUCCAUCACCAUCAGAAAAGGAUGAAUGGGUAGACAUUGCUAAGGAAGUUACUGAAAAAGACUAUCAAGAAGAAUCCCCGACUGAGCCGAUACCUCCCACAACUUGUACAGGUUGGAGACAUUCUCUCAGAAUGUGGUUUCAUGACUGGGUUUAUGAUUUCUUUGAAGAUUUCACAGAGACUGCAGUGGAAGAAGAAGACUUGAAAGAAUCAGAGAGAGAAGGAGAUCCUCUAACAGUGCGCAAACUAAAAGAAAAUAUUUUACGAUUUGGUUAUGCUACAAAACCAAUAGUAAAUGCUAUGGAAAGUUUAACAGGAUUGUUACACUGGAAUACACCAGGUACAACUCUACUAGCUUUCGGAGUAUAUAUUUAUACAGUGUACCAUGGUUGGUUUUUGCCUUUACUUCUGUUUCUGGCUAACUGUCAACUGUUGCUCAACUAUCUCCAGCACAGGGGUUGGUUUUCAACUUACCAUGUUACAAGAAAAAAUGAACAAGAGGAAGGAGAUAAAGAUUUGGGAGUUACAGACAAAUUUCAGUUAGUUCUACAAGUAGCUCGCAAAGUACAGAAUCAAUCAGGAAGGGUAGCAGAUUGUUGUGAAAAGAUAAAAAACCUUUUACUUUGGCAAGAACCAGAUAGUGCAGCUCAGCUCUAUUGCUUCUUACUGGCUGCCUUUUUCGCCUCUUGUGUCUUCCCUGCUAGUCAGCUUUUUACUGCAGCUGGUUUAUACCUUGGUGUCAAAAUGUUUCUAGUUGAUUAUGUUUUCUAUCGAUUUCCACGUGUCCAGCAGAAAUAUGAUUCUACGUGGAAAUUAUGGAAUUCUUUACCCACUGAUGCUGAACUUGAAAAAAAACAUAGUCGAGCAAAAAUUGACAGGAAUGUAAUUAACCAAAAUGCUUGUCAACUUUCCAUGGCUACAACAGAAAAUCAGUCAUUUUGUGAACUAUUUAAUCUACCAGCAUCGGAAUCUCCAUUGCCAUCUUGGCAUGGGGGACGAAGGUGUACACUGAUCAACAGAGACAAGUCUCUAACCUCGGCAUUUAAGAAUGGCCGUCUUUAUUUAACAAACAGUUUUUUAUGCUUUGAGAGGUCAAGAACAUCAAAUGUCAAGAAUUUGGUUUUACCACUCAAAAAUAUUGUGAAGUUUGAAAAGGCUAAGCCUUAUCCGUGGAUUCCAGGAGGGGGGAUGGCAUUAGAAGUUACAAUGGAGAAACCUGAGAAGCAAACUUACAUCUUUGGUGCUAUUCUGAAUCGAGAUGAAACCUAUGACAGUAUUUUGGAAGCAGGUCGCCGGGUUAGCUUGCCUUGGGCCCUCCAACCAACUGAAUGUCAUAAUGAUGACAAUAAUUCAAAAAAACAAUCCAUAUGAUUGUUUAAUUCAACAGAAGCCUGUACAUCUUCAGUAGAUACCAAGUUGAAGUUAUUUGUAUAUAAGUAUUCCUCAUGCCACCGUUACACAUGAAAAGGUGUGUGGACCAAAGUUGUGAAAAAAGACUGCGAGAUAUCAUCUCAUUCUAAGGAUAUCAAUCAGCAGGUAUUAUAUUCAAGUGUUCAAUAUUUAAAUGAUCAAAAAAAUGUGUGUUCUUGUUGUUAAAGGUCAGAAAGUUAAAUGAACAUAAGCUUCAUAUGUGGCAGCUUUUCCAUAAGAUUUAAGGAUUAAUCUUUAAACAUAUCAAAGAAGAUAAAACAAAUUUAAAAGUUUCAAACCCACCAGGUGUCUUUGUAUGGUAUUGAUGAAUGUAUCAGUUGCCUUUAGUUUGAUAAAAAAACAGAGAGAGAGAGCAACUGCUUGGUACUUUGACAACUAAAUGAUAUCAUUAGAAAACUUAGAAAAGUUUAUACUCAUUUAAAAAUUCACAGACUGUCAUUCUUUUUGAAAAAUUAAAAAUUUAAUAAGAUAUCUUAUUCUUCAUUUAAUCAUGUGGAAAUGUUUCUAUUACCCAGAAGAAAUUAGAAAUAUAACUACCUUUAUUAUUUAUAGUUGGAGGAUGAAAAAAUUAAGCAGUUAGAUUAAUAAAAUCCAUUGCUGUUGUAGGGUUUAGUUAAGAAACAAAACAAGCACCCUGACACUGUGUACAGACUCACCUUUUUCACUGUUUUAUGAUAAAUUGCUGGAAGUAGAUAGAAGAUAAAACACGAACCUUUAUAUUUAAAAUUAAUUUAUAGUUUUGUAUAAAAACUAGAAAAUUCAAAAAAUAAAUGCCUGUAUAUUGUUAGGCCUAUGAUAUAACAGAAAUAUAUACAUAUAAAUAUAAGUGUUCAGAAUUUUGAGCCAAAUGAUACUAAAUCUCAUCAAAACUUUAGAGGUAUAUUUUAUAUACAAGCUAAAAGGAAAGUUAGAGCAAAGCCUCAGGAAAUCCUGAUCAGUCAUUGAGGUUUAAGGUUUAUGAUCUUAUUUACAUUUUUAAUUGAUCAGCUAUGAAAGCAAAUAUAUAUAUAUAUAUUGUUGAUAAGAGUAUUUCAUUAUUUUUUAAUACCAGCUCAUUUUGCUAUACAGACUACAGUUACUAAACAAUGGCAGGAUAGAGACUGAUGUCAUUAGAAUAGCUGGAAAUUAAAUUCUUGUAGUUUUUAGUAGAAAAAACAACAACAACAUAUCUAUAUGAAAUGUUUGAUGUAUGGAAAUGUAAAACAGCAUAGAUUGUUGGGUUUAUCCACUUUUCUGACACCUACACACAUUCUUGGAAGUUGUUUGUUAACUGGUCUCCCAAAUAAAAGUGGUGACUGAUUUAUCAUCCAGAUCAUAACGUCAAGAUAAUUAUAGUUAGAUUAUGAUUAUAAGAAAAACGUCACUUUAGAAUUUUCUUAACCACAAGUUAGGGCAAUGAGGUUAGAUAGUUUUGCUUUCCAAUGUUAGUAUCUCUUCUUGGUUUGAAGAUUUAUUGCCAAUAUGGUGGUUGCUCACAGUGGAUCCAUCUGAUUGACUGAAACUAGACCCUCAUACCAUGAUUCUCACUAGGCAGAAUCAUAUCAUUUUACAGUCAUUAACAGAUUCAAGCCUUACUAGUAUUAUCCUAACUAUAGGUUCAAGCCUUACUACUGUUAUCCUAACUAUACAUUCAAGCCUUAAUAGUAUUAUUGUAACUACAGAUUCAAGCCUUAUUAGUAUUAUCCUAACUAUAGGUUCAAGCCUUACUAGUAUUAUCCUAACUCCAAGUUAAGUGUCUGCUAUGUAAUAAAGUGUAUGUGUCAUAAUACUGAUUCUUAUUUUGUAAUGCUUAUGGUUGUUUAAGUGAGUUUUUGUAUUUUCUUUUUCUUAAUAACAGUAUUUCAUGCUCACAUUUUUUUUUGAAUGAUAUGAUUAUGAAAGAAACUGUAUAAUAAUUCAAUAAAGUGGUUUUCAACAGUAUCAAAUGCUGAUUAAAUGUUAUUACGACAAUUAACUGCUGAACCAAAAUAUUUAACUUUUUUUUAAAUUGCAGUAAAAUAUUUCUAUCAGUGAGGGUUCAAUGAGUGCCUUGUCUUGAGUUAAAAAAAAGUGUUCUAAAUAUAGUCAAUUGAUGAUUGCAGGUUGGGUUCAGGAUUAUAUAUAUAUACAUAUUUGGAAAGUAUAUCUGCAAAUUUGAUAGUUUUUGUAGAACUUUGAAUAAUCCUAAAGAUUUCAACAUUACGAGUUCUUGUUUCAUUAAUUACUGAUUGGUUUAAACAGCUUAACUAUUAGAUGUAUGUACAGGUUUUGAAGGAAUUGUACACAGGAUUCAGAAGUCUUUUUACAUGCAAAUACUUUGGAAAUGAAGAGUUAAAGUAAGUGUUAGAGGUAUUGAACUAGAUCGUGUUGGCCUACUCUGUGACAGUAUCUUUGAGGUUGUACAAUGUAAUGUCCUUCAUAAAGUUUAUCAACUUGUAUCAUAUGCUUAAAAUGUCAGUGGCAAAGGUGUAUAUACAAUAACAGAUAAAACAAUUUAAACCAAAAAUUAUCAGUAUUGCUGCACAACAAUAACAUAAAUACACGUGAAAUAAACAUCCCAACAAUAUUGUGAAAUGGUAGCAAUCAUAUGAUACAGUAUCGUGCAGAUUAGUUUUGAAGGGCAAGACCUUAACUCUUUACAUCUGUAAUUUUUUGUGCAUAUUGCCAGAAUUAUUUUCAUGAUUUCAUAAUAAUUAUCACCAUACCUUAUAAAAAUUCGAUUUCCUUAAUUUUGUGGGUAAUAACAUGGUUUGGAUUAGUUUUCAGCCAAAGAGACAUAAAUAUUAUUGGAUGCUUUCACCGUCUAAUGGGUAAAUUGGAAUUUUCGACAAGAUUCUUGUAGUGUCCACUUGGGUUUAAAGAGUUAAAUGAUCUCUGUGAUAAUUUUCACAUACCAACAACCUGGCCUCCUGAGAGGGCAGGGAGGCUGAAAAUAUUUUCUCGGUGCCCACUUCCCACAAGAGGCUCCAUGAGAGUGUAAAGAAAUGUGUAUGGAAUGUUUAAGCAAACACUAACUGCACUUUCACUCAUUUGUGCAUGAAUGUGGGAUCAUUCAAAACUUAUUUGGGGGGGGGGGGCAUAACCUAUCAAUUUUUGAAUCAUCUAAUUGUUAGUAAACUUUUGUAACACCCCAUAAAAAUAACAACUAGCAGAUGUAUCUGUACCUUGUAUGACAUUCAUUAUUGUAGCUAUAUGGGGAUGAAAUGUGUGUGCAUCUUUCCUCAUGCAGGAAAGAUGAUCAGAUAAGCUACCCACAGCUUUGAUUGUUGUUUUAGUCUCAUGUCACUUUGUGUGGUAAAAGUUGAACUGUUUGUGCGAUUGUUUAUCCGUUUAAACUCUAUAUUUCCAGAGUCCGUCUGGGCUCCUUUACCAAAUUUCAUUUAAAUUGGUUCAUCCAGUUUUUCGCAUGUGCUUAUAAAGACACCUGACAAACUGACAGAUACAUAUAGAAUAUUAGAAGAUAGUUGACACUCACUGACAUAGAAUAAACUGAAAAUAUCAAUUUGGAGAAGAAUGCCUAGGUUUGCUCACAUCCUGCCAGUCACAAAGCUAAGUUAUGUGUAACAUAUACAAUACCACAAAGUUACGUUCUCUGUAACAUAUACCAAGUAAGAGUCAAUACAAUACCACAAAGCUAUGUUCUCUGUAACAUAUACUAAGUAAGAGAGUCAAUACAAUACGACAAAGCUACGUUCUCUGUAACAUUUACCAUGUAAGAGUCAAUACAAUACGAAAAAGCUACGUUCCCUGUAACAUAUACCAAGUAAGAGUCAAUACAAUACGACAAAGCUACGUUCCCUGUAACAUAUACCAAGUAAGAGUCAAUACAAUACGACAAAGCUACGUUUCCUGUAACAUAUACCAAGUAAGAGUCAAUACAAUACUACAAAGCUAAGUUCUGUGUAACAUACACCAAGUAAGAGAGUCAAUACAAUACUACAAAGCUAUGUUCCCUGUAACAUAUACCAAGUAAGAGAGUCAAUACAAUACCACAAAGCUACGUUCCCUGUAACAUAUACCAAGUAAGAGAGUCAAUACAAUACCACAAAGCUACGUUCUCUGUAACAUAUACCAAGUAAGAGUCAAUACAAUACCACAAAGCUACGUUCCCUGUAACAUAUACCAAGUAAGAGAGUCAAUACAAUACCACAAAGCUACGUUAUCUGUAACAUAUACCAAGAGUCAAUACAAUACCACAAAGCUACAUUCUCUGUAACAUAUACCAAGUAAGAGUCAAUACAAUACCACAAAGCUACGUUUCCUGUAACAUUUACCAUGUAAGAGUCAAUACAAUACCACAAAGCUACAUGCCCUGUAACAUAUACCAAGUAAGAGUCAAUACAAUAUGACAAAGCUACGUUCCCUGUAACAUAUACCAAGUAAGAGUUAAUACAAUACCACAAAGCUACGUUCUCUGUAACAUAUACCAAGUAAGAGAGUCAAUACAAUACGACAAAGCUACGUUCUCUGUAACAUAUACAAUACCACAAAGCUACAUUCCCUGUAACAUAUACCAAGUAAGAGUCAAUACAAUAUGACAAAGCUACGUUCCCUGUAACAUAUACCAAGUAAGAGUCAAUACAAUACCACAAAGCUACGUUCUCUGUAACAUAUACUAAGUAAGAGAGUCAAUACAAUACGACAAAGCUAUGUUCUCUGUAACAUAUACUAAGUAAGAGAUCAAUACAAUACGACAAAGCUACGUUCUCUGUAACAUUUACCGUGUAAGAGAGUCAAUACAAUACUUGUAUUCUGAGUGAGUGGUUAAAUUGUAACUUUGAUAAGCAGUAGAGAUCAAAGAUAGUGUAAAAGAUAAAUCUUUGCUAAUAAGGAGUGAAAAAUGUUAGAAACGUUUUUAAAGAAAUGUAAAAUAUUAAUAAAGGACUUGACAUUUAUUACUAAAGACACUUAUCUACUUUAGUACACAGUAUGAAAGGUGUAGGAAAUGAAUUUUGUUUUUUACAUGCAACAAAAUAUAUUAUUAGUACAGUAUAUAAUUCAGUUGAGUUUUGUGGAGGGUACUUGAAACAGAUCAUGGAAUUAUUCAUGCAUGAUGAAUUUUUGUAUUAUCUAAAUAUUCUGUUUAGAAAUGUAAAAUUGUCUAGAGUCAAACUUCUGAAGAAUGACAGAAUGUGAUUAUGUAUUUGUUGAUUUGUAAUUUUUUUGUAAUUUGUAUUAAGGCCAAUAGCAGUGGUGGUUUGAUCAAGAAGUGGCUGUAAGACAGCAAAAGUACAGUAUAAUUUGUUUUGUGUCAAACAGAAUAUAUUUCGUGAACAAUUCUGGUGUUUUUUUAUGGUUCUUUGAGACGUGUGAUCAUUUAGCUGUACAUGAGGAUAAUUUUCAGAGAUUUUCAUCUAAAGCAAAGUUCUUGUAUUGUAGAAUUUUUAUCUAAAAUCUUGAAUAGGUAAGUCUGAAAAAAACAAAAAAACAAAUGAAGCAUAUGUAAUGACUGCAAUCUGCAGUAUCUGAUUGAAGGUGAUGUUUUAGGAAACUUGAAAAUAUACCCCAGUGUAAAUUUAGCUUUUCCAUUAACAUCCAUUUCACAUUAUUGUGUUAAGAAAGUUUUUGUUGAUUUGUUAUAUUCCAGAAACUAUUAAUUGUUGGAUUUCAGAACUUUGCACAUAAAGUGCUUACUAUGAUUUUAACUUGUUAAAUUGAUGAUGUAAUAUGAUAGGCACAGAAGCUUGGUGGACAUUUGUAAGAAAUGAGCAUAGUAUUACAAAAACUUAUAAGAAGAAAGAAAUGAUUUAUUUGUACAUUGUAUUGUAGAAGUGAAAUGGAUGGUUUAUAUAUGUAUAUAUAUAUUUUGUGAUUGAUUUUUCUUCUUCAUCCUAGUCCUAUAUAUUUUCUGUUUUUCAAAAAUUGUGUAGAAUUGAUAAACAGCAUCAACCACCUUAUAAUGGUAACUCUACACAGUAACUGUAAAACUUUGAAGCUGUUGAACUGAUUGAUACAUUCUCUCAGUGUGUGAGUAGCUGUGGAGAAACACUCCAGAAUGUAAAAACAGAUUAUUUUGUUGUAAUAUAAUUAUAUUGAAGUUUACUUCAAAAGUAGUAAUGUUUUCGUAGAAAAAACUAUACUUAUAAUUUUUUUUUAAAUUUCAGUUCAAGUUACUUGUUUCUUGUGAAGGUUGAAGUAAACGUAUAGCAAGUUUGAUAUAAGUUUUGAAGUAAGAGCAAGUUAACUGCUACUUCGUGUGAGGCAUGUUUUUGAGAGAUUGUAUUUUUUGAACAUUUUCAUCUUAAACUUUUAUAACCUUAAUGUUUUUUCUCUAUAAAUCUCAUCUGACAAAAGUGACAAAUUUUUAACUUCACUUAUAAAAAUUGAUAUUAGAUUUCAUCUAUUUUGGGCUUUGAUUUUGUAUAACAUGGUUUGGAUAAGUGAGUGGUUGCAGUACUCAGUAUUAUGGUUGUUGCCUGUGGCUGCACAGUUUUGUCAUGACAGCUUUGAUUUUUAUGACGUUUUGGUGAGUAUGUACAUUCUAAAGAGUCCAAGUAGCUAUGGAAAUAAGCACAAGAAGGAAAGAUGCUGUAAGUCACAAUUUUUGUAUUCCAAAUAUUAUGAAAUUCCUGUUGUCUACUUGAAGUUACUUAUGAAAUUAUUGAAGUAUAUGUUGUCCUUCAAGUUAUGUUAUUGUUUAGUUGUAACAAAUUACACAUUUCAAAAAAGUUUCGUGUUUCAACUAUUAAGUGGUAACUAUUGUAGUAGAUAAUAUGCUUACUGGUAUUUUGUAAUAAGCAGUGAAUUUUGUAUUGUGAAAUUUUACUCGAGUUAUGCAAUGUGGUAAUAAAACGAACCUUCUUGGAUCA